AUGUCCCGUCAUCGACGCCAACCCUCCCAAGCCCUUCCGCCGGAUCUUUUCUCCGGCGAAGACCUCACCAAGCCCUUUGACUUCACGCACACCGCCGCCGAGCAAGCCGGAGCUGCUGCUGCCGCCGCCGCCGAUGCCCUUUCGCAAGCCUCACGCAUUUCGACCCACCAAGAGAUCAAAGACUCCCCUCUGACCACCGCUUCUCCUACCAAGAAUAAGGCGCCCCCGCCGCAGAAGACGGCUUGA